UUCAUCGAAUGAGAUGCCUUUCGAAAAUAUUGAGCAGUCAUAGCAGGAGCUAUCUUGUUCAAUUGUGUUAAGCUUUCAUGCAUAUUCAGAAUUCUGACUGCGAUAUUGUUUACGGGCGUAAAUGACUUGCUGGCUAGCUACAUAACAAUGACACUCGCUGCAGGACACCAGUCAGAUGGUCGUAUGUUGUUGGACAGUGUUCACGUUAGCUAGCAAGCAAAGUCAACAUAGUCACGUUUGUAAUAUUUUGUGUUUCGAUGUUUACUUUAUACCCGUUCAACAUACGAUUUUAGCUUUGAAUUGCUUAUAAUUGAUCUGUUGACCCGCUAGUAAUACUACAAUUAACAGAAUGACGGCCUCACCGACCGAGCGCAUCUGAAGCCGGCAUCACAAGCAAUGUGCCUUAGUUACAUAUAGUUUACUCGCUUGGCAGCUAUCUUGGAAAGAUUCCAAAUUACGGUUUUCUGGAGUCUGGCGCAUUGGACCUGUUGAAGGAGUUGAAGAACAUUCCCAUGACGCUGGAAUUGCUACAGUCUACCAGAAUUGGGAUGUCAGUGAAUGCCAUUCGCAAGCAGAGUACAGACGACGAGGUGACAUCCCUAGCAAAGUCUCUUAUAAAAUCCUGGAAAAAACUCUUGGAUGAGCCUGGCGGUGGAGACAAAGCCCCGGAGGAGAAGAAAAAAGAGCCCACAACUCCAACUGUCUCCUCUUCACAAAACAGCCCUGAGCCACGUGAGGAGAGCACCAGCAGCAACUCAAGCAGCAAAAGUGAAAGCAGUGACAUCACGGCCAACACGCUGAUCACCACCUUUCCACGGGCACCCAACACAUCGGACUCAGUCAGGACCAAAUGCAGGGAGAUGCUGUCCAGUGCUUUGCAAGCAGGGAACGACUACAUUGCUAUUGGCGCUGACUGCGAUGAACUUGGAGCUCAAAUUGAGGAAUGCAUCUUCCAGGAGUUCAAAAACACCGACAUGAAAUACAAAAACAGAGUCCGCAGCCGGAUUGCCAACUUGAAGGACCUGAAGAACCCUGGCCUGAGGAGGAACGUGCUGUGUGGCAACGUGCCGCCUGACAGGAUGGCCAGGAUGGCAGCAGAGGAAAUGGCCAGUGACGAGCUUAAGGAGAUGCGAAAAAACCUGACCAAAGAGGCCAUUCGCGAGCACCAAAUGGCCCGAACAGGAGGCACUGAGACUGACUUGUUCAGUUGUGGGAAAUGCAAAAAGAAGAACUGUACAUACACCCAGGUUCAGACCCGGAGCGCUGAUGAACCAAUGACCACGUUUGUCCUCUGUAAUGAAUGCGGAAACCGAUGGAAGUUUUGCUAGUAGGAGGAAGAGUCACGGAUGCAGGAUGCAGCAAGACCACUGGACCUGCAUUUCAUUUUGUACCAGUAUUUGAAAAGGAAAGCAAUUUGGAACUUCACAUUUGGUGAAACCUGCCACACCGCGGUUUUUAUUGGAUCCAUCAUACUCCUUGAUUAAUUUCCUGUAUUUUAACUAUUCAUUAGGUACAGCUGUCAAACUACGAUUGAUGUUAAUGUGUUUUAUUUUCUUUUGUCAUUUUUUACAUGUAGUUUGACAUUAAACUUUUAUCAGUAA